ACAAGCGGUGGGUGAUCCUUGUCACAUUUUUGGGGAUGUAGUCGCAUUCAUUGAUCAGUACAUUACGGUAAGAUGUCAGAUUUGGCGGGCGAAGUGUGUGACCCGGUGUUAUUGAAUACAUUUCUCAUAAAGAAGAAGAAAUGUAGAGUCUACUUUCACCGAGGGACACUGACAUGGGAAACAGAAGGAUCUCCAUACACGCGGAGCACGCUGCCGCUGUCGGACGUGCUGGCGGCGCAGUACGUGCACAGCGCCGACCGGUCGCAGUGCUGCGGCCCCGAGGAGCCGAAGAGCCCGUGCGGCAGCGGCGACGCCGGCGCGGCCUCCGGCGCGCACUCCAGCUUCACGCUGCACUACGCGGCGCGCGCGUCGCGCUGCCGCUGGCAGUACCGCUGCGUCACCUUCAACCACACCGACCCCCGCCAAGUCGCCUCCUGGGUCAAGACCAUCCGCAACUACCUCGCCGGUUUGAGACGUCGACCACGGAAAGUCCUGGUAGUAGUAAAUCCAUUCGGUGGCCGUAGGCGUGGUCCUCGUGUGCUCGAGAGACAAGUUAAGCCAUUACUCGCUGUUGCUGGAGUGGAAUCUGAAGUCUUGCUUACCCAGAGACCAGGUCAUGCCCAUGAUACACUUCUGAGAAGACCACUGGAUGGUCUGGAUGCAGUGAUUUCCAUUGGUGGUGAUGGAACAUUUGCAGAGGUAUUCAAUGGCUUGGUAUUACGGGCAGCGAGGGAUGCCGGUAUCGAUCACAAUGACCCUGAAGCUCGGCUACCACCUCCACCUCUUAGAGUGGGUGUUGUGCCUGGUGGAUCUACUAAUACAAUGGCUUAUUGCCUCCAUGGAACUACUGAUGUGCAGACUGCUGUAAUACACAUUCUGCUUGGAGACACUCGUGGGCUGGAUCUAUGCAGUGUUCAUAGCAAUGGAAGCCUCCUAAAGUACUAUUCAAGUGUUAUUUCAUAUGGUUAUUUGGGAGAUGUCCUAAGGGAUAGUGAAAAAUUUCGUUGGAUGGGGCCCAAGCGGUAUGACUAUUCAGGUUUUAAGAAGUUCUUCUGUAAUAAGGGCUACGAGGGAGAGGUGCGACUCUUAGCUGAUGGUACGAGUGCAGCUGAAGGUCCUCGGUGCAAGCAGAACUGUGCCAGAUGCUCUACAAGACAGUCUACCAAAGAUGCAACACCACUCUCACCAGGAGAAUGGAAGACAUUCCGUGGUAAAUUCUUUAUGGUGAACUGUGCAAACGUGUCCUGUGCAUGUCAACGAAGUCCAAAUGGCAUGUCACCAUACUGUCAUAUAGGGGAUGGUUGUGUUGAUGUUGUAAUGGUAAAGCACUCUAAUCUUUUCAACAAUCUCCGAUUGCUUCUCAGGAUGACGAGCAAGGCCAAUAAUGUGUUUGACCUGCCAUUUGUGGAAGUGCAUCGAGCUCGAGAGUUUUCCUUCAAACCACUGGCUGACAAUAUACCAGACUCGAGCCCUGUCUCUCCACGUUUAGUGCCAGGGAUUAGUGUGUGGAACUGUGAUGGAGAAGUGCAGUGGGAGGCUAACAUGAGAGUCAGGGUUCACUGCCAACUGCUCGACGUGUUCACACGAGGCAUCCCCGAGAACGACGACGAAGAACAGCCUUCCUGCAAGAUCUGUUCCUUUUAAAGCUGUUUUUAGAUUUGACAUCAUAUAUCUGGAGCUGAAUAGACUCCACUCUUCAUCAGGUUGUGGCAAUCUACUCCGUAGAAGAAGCAGAUGUUGAAUUGAUGGAUUUGGAAGAGAAUUAGCCACAUAUGUUUAUAUAGUUGCUAGCUCAUGUUGUGUGGAAACUGCACAGAAAAUUCUGUAAUGUUAGAGAUGUGUGGAUCAUUGAUCAGUUGAAAAGCGUAGAGGAGGGCAGGGCAUGAGCUAUGUUGCAUGACAUCCACACAUUAGAAGUCAAAGUGUUUUGAUAUUAUGUGGGUGAAUUUUGUGGCAUCUGGUUCUGUGAUGUGCCAUUAGAUCCUAUGACUAUCUUCGAGACAGGUUAUUCUUGAUUAAUUAUUUAUUCUCUCGAGACAGUUGACAAACUUCAGUUUAAUGUUUUGGACAUUUUAAACAGACAAGUCCCACUUCAUAGUGUUUCAGCAAUUUAUUGCUGCAAACUGCAAGCAUAUUUCAAGCAACUUGUUCACAAUUUAGAUGUAGACUGAUAAUGACAGCACGUACAAUUAGUGUCUGUGGA